UCCCUCUACACAAACAGCCGCGGCGAUCUAAAAAAUCGGCAUCGAUUAUUAAUGGCUAAAUGUGAUGUUUCCUCUCUAAAAGCAGACGCGAUGAUGCCCUGUCAGAUGUACAUUACAACUUUAUUAUUGUCUUAAAUUAAGACUGCUAAUGUCUUUUCUAGCCAAAUUGGCUGUCAAUAACCAGGCUAAGUUAUAUCGGCAGGAACAGUAGAGAAAAGCACAAUCUUCGUCAGAUUGUGCGAAGAGUCUUUGCUCUUAGGCCCUGCUGUUAUUUCCUAACGCCUAACAAAUCUGCUUUUGUCUUUUAUAUGCGUUUCAUGUCAUCUACUAGCGUUUUGCAACACUUCGUUAAUUACUGAAGAUGGACACAGACAAGUUUAACUAUGUGUAUAGUUGCGAUCUGGACAUAAACGUCCAACUGAAAAUAGGAAGUUUGGAGGGGAAGAGAGAGCAAAAGAGUUAUAAAUCCCUUCUGGAGGACCCCAUGCUGCGCUUCUCAGGACUCUAUCAGGAGAGCUGCUCCGACCUCUAUGUCACCUGUCAGGUGUUCGCGGAGGGCAAACCUCUCGCCCUGCCCGUACGAACCUCCUACAAGGCCUUCAGCACUCGCUGGAACUGGAAUGAGUGGCUUAAAUUGCCCGUGAAGUAUCCUGACCUGCCUCAGAGUGCCCAGGUGGCUCUAACUGUGUGGGAUGUGUAUGGACCCGGCAGUGCCAAACCUGUUGGUGGAACUACAGUCACUCUGUUUGGAAAAUAUGGAAUGUUCCGACAAGGUAUGCACGAUCUGAAGGUGUGGCCAGGCGUAGAGGGUGAUGGUUCUGAGCCCACAAAUACGCCAGGAAGGACCAGCAGCAUUUUGGCAGAAGAUCAGAUGGGUCGUCUGGCUAAGCUAACAAAGGCUCAUCGUCAAGGUCACAUGGUUAAAGUAGACUGGCUGGAUCGCUUGACAUUCAGAGAGAUUGAGAUGAUCAAUGAGAGUGAAAAACGUAGUUCUAAUUUCAUGUACCUGAUGGUGGAAUUCCCACGGGUCAAAACCGGAGAGCGCGAAUACAGCAUUGUCUAUUAUGAAAAGGAUGCAGAUGAUUCCUCCCCAUUGCCAAGCAGGUCAGAUAUUGUAAAAGUUCCCGACCCUCAGAUGUGCAUGGAGAACCUUGUAGAGAGUAAACACCAUAAACUGGCUCGUAGUUUACGAAGUGGACCAUCCGACCACGACCUCAAACCUAACGCAGCCACACGAGAUCAACUCAAUAUCAUAGUGAGCUACCCACCCACUAAACAGCUGAGCUCAGAGGAACAGGACCUUGUGUGGAAGUUCAGAUACUACCUCACCACACAGGAGAAGGCCUUGACAAAGUUCCUGAAGUGUGUGAACUGGGAUCUAGCCCAGGAGGCCAAACAGGCCCUGGAGUUACUGGGAAAGUGGAGGCCGAUGGAUGUGGAGGACUCCCUGGAGCUGUUGUCCUCUCAGUUCAGCAACCCCACAGUCAGACGCUACGCUGUUGCGAGGCUGCAGCAGGCUGACGAUGAGGAUCUUUUAAUGUACUUACUCCAGCUGGUGCAGGCGUUGAAAUAUGAAAACUUCAAUGAUAUCCAGGGUGGUUUGGAGCCUGCCAGUAAGAGAGACAGUCAGGGGGGUCUGGGAGAGAGUUCAACGCUAGGUGAUCUGGAAAGUUCACAGAUGGCGCCUGCUAUGACAGCGACGCCCAGCUCACAGAAAGGCAAAGAGGGAGCAGAUGCUGAGAAUCUGGAGCAAGAUUUGUGCACCUUUCUAAUAUCACGUGCCUGCAAGAACUCAACACUAGCAAACUAUUUAUAUUGGUAUGUAAUUGUGGAGUGUGAGGAUCAGGACACGCAGCAGAGAGACCCAAAGACGCAUGACAUGUAUCUCAAUGUAAUGAGGAGGUUCAGUCAGGCUCUGCUCAAGGGCGAUAAGAGCGUGAGAGUGAUGCGCUCUCUGCUGGCCUCCCAGCAGACAUUUGUAGACAGACUAGUGCAACUCAUGAAGGCUGUUCAGAGAGAGAGCGGAAACCGCAAGAAGAAGACGGAGCGGUUGCAGUGUCUGUUGGCUGAUAAUGAGAAGGUGAAUCUGUCAGAGAUCGAGCCCAUUCCCCUCCCACUGGAACCUCAGAUCCGCAUCAAAGGCAUCAUACCUGAGACUGCUACUCUCUUUAAGAGUGCUCUUAUGCCAGCUAAGCUCAUCUUUAAGACAGAGGAUGGGGAGCAAUAUCCCGUCAUCUUUAAACAUGGAGAUGACCUGAGACAGGACCAGCUCAUCCUGCAGAUCAUUUCACUCAUGGACAAGCUUCUGAGAAAAGAGAAUCUGGACCUGAAAUUAACACCAUACAAAGUUCUGGCGACCAGCACCAAACACGGUUUUAUGCAGUUUGUGCAGUCAGUGCCUGUGGCUGAAGUUUUGGCCACUGAAGGCAACAUUCAGAGUUUCUUUCGGAAACAUGCUCCAAAUGACAAAGGCCCAUAUGGCAUCAGCUCUGAAGUCAUGGACACAUAUGUUAAAAGCUGUGCGGGCUAUUGUGUCAUCACCUACAUUCUAGGAGUGGGAGACAGACAUCUUGACAACCUGCUUCUCACUAAGACUGGGAAGCUGUUUCAUAUAGAUUUUGGAUACAUUCUGGGGCGUGACCCUAAACCUCUGCCACCACCCAUGAAACUGAGCAAGGAGAUGGUGGAAGGGAUGGGGGGAGUGCAGAGUGAACAAUACCAGGAGUUUAGGAAACAGUGUUACACUGCAUUCCUACACUUGCGCAGAUAUUCCAAUCUUAUUCUCAAUUUGUUCUCUCUGAUGGUGGAUGCUAAUAUUCCAGACAUUGCACUUGAGCCUGACAAAACCGUAAAAAAGGUUCAAGACAAGUUCCGAUUGGACCUCUCAGAUGAGGAGGCGGUGCAUUACAUGCACAGUCUGAUUGAUGAGAGUGUAGGGGCGCUGUUUGCUGCUGUGGUUGAGCAGAUACACAAAUUUGCACAGUAUUGGCGCAGAUGAGGUCGAGGUUGGUUCUCACAGUGCGCGACAGACAGAUGGACAGCAAACACAAGUGAACAACGGAGAAGAGAUGGACAGGUGCCAAGGCCACGCUUGUGUUGUGUAUUCACAAAGUCUGAACUCUAAAUACCUUUGUAUAUAUUAUUUAAAAUUGUAUUAUUCACUUCAUGUAAAAAGACAGCCAAAUAAAUAUUAAAACUUUA